GUUCAUGAUGAGAACAUUAAUAACUUUAAGCAAAAUGUGAUGUUAGUUUGCUUUUUUCUCUCUCUUUACAUUUCAUUUCCCUCUAAUCUCACUGUUUUACAUUCUUCACUACCACCACCAUGUGUAUGCAAGCUUGCUAAUUCAGGAUUACAUUUCAGGCAUCUGAUGAAAUGGAUUGUGGCCCUUAAAAGCUUACGUCUUAAUAAAUUUCUUAGUCUGUUAGGUGCCACAGAAUUCUUUGUUCUUUAAAUUUAGAGAAAGAAUGGUUUUAGAUAAUGAAAAGUUCACUGGUGUGGUUUUUUUUCUGCAGGGAGGAAAACUGCAUGCAACUAGAAGCAGGUGUUUCCUCACAUUUUAAAAGUAUUUGUGUCUGGUUUUGGCAGUGGGUAUGUAGGUACAAACAAUAAAUGAAUUUUAAAAAUGAUGUCAUGCUCUAUGGCUUAACUGCUAAAUAAGAAGUGUGGAGUCAACCUUGUCUGAAAAAUCAUACUUGUUGGUCCUCUUACAUGGAAACUUGUUUUCUGUCUAUAGAUGUGUAGAGACUAACUGAUUUUUUUAAAAAAUGAGGAGGCAAUGACAUUCUACAAAUGUGCAAUGACAUACUAUCUUAAAUAAGUGUUGUACAACUGUUUGUACAGGUUCUAUUUUGAUGAAAACAACAUGACAACUGUCUUCACUUUGUCUUUGGUUCUGAGGCCAAUAAAGAUAAUCUUAAGUCCAAUGUGAAUCCAGUGUGUGCUGUAGUGGUUAGUGUCAAGGCUUCAGGGAAUCCUAUCCCUUUUACAGUGGGAUGCCAAGAAGUGGAAAAACAAAAAGAGUUCUUACCAGGUAGUUUAUUCAAUAUUCAAAGAGAGAGACUAAGGAAUGCGGUCUCUCUUAGUAAAUGGCAUUGCUCCAAGUAAAGUUCCACCACAUCAGUUUCCCCUAUUCUACGUCACCCCUGCGCUGACUGACCUGUGCUUUCUGCCUUUGUGUUUUCUGUUCUACCACCCUCAAGGCACACCUUGUUCCGGGAGAGUGGGGUUCAGGAAUGCUUUCAAGAGACACUGAGUCUGUUAGUUGUCUCUCCCCUGGUGCUUCUUCUUCCUGCUACUCCCCAAUAUUUCCCAGCUUCUCCCCUUUGUAGCCUCUGAACCUUCUGCAAACCACUGUUCUAAAUCGAUACUAUCCUCCUCUUCUCGGGAAGGUGCUGGACUGGGGGGCACGGUUCCCACCAUUCCACUUCAGUCCAUCCCCUGACAGUGUGUAUGACAAGGAGAAUCAAAUUCAAAUCCCCACUCAGUCAUGAAGCUCAUUGGAUGAUCUAGGGCAUAUAACUUUCUCACAGCCUAAGCUAAGGAUAGUUGUGAAGAUAAACUGGGAUGCAAUUUCAUGUAUGCUGCCUUGAGCUCCUUGAAGGAAAGGUGAGACAUAAAUGUAAUACAUAAAGAAACUGGAUGUUGCAGUAUUAUGCGUGUUUGUGGGAAGGGCAGAGCACUAGAACUGCAGUGACUGAGAAGUUAUGAUGAGGUGGUGUUCUGGACUGUACCACUCAGUCUGUGGGUGGGUGAUCACAUUUUUAAUACAGCCCUAUGCCUUUGUGAAUAGAAAACCAGCACAACAAAGUUCUGGAAUUGUGUUCUUCACCUUCUCUCAUUUAGAAACAUUCAAAUCCAGAAUGCACACCUACAAUUUGAAGCUGUGUAGUGCAGAAUGCCACCUCAUUCUCCCAUAAAUGUAGACCAAAGCAGAGAUGCUUCAACACAGGUAAAAUAGAACCUGCUGUUUUCUAUUAGUUCAGAGGCUCAUAGGUUCAAGCUCUUUGUUGUGACUGGAAGUGACUGGAAACUGGUAUGUAUGUACACUUGCAGAGCUCUUAUACUAAUAUGCAACCUUCAUUGAAUUUUCCUAGUCCUCCUGGCAUUAUGCAAUGAAAGGGAAACAUAAAACCUUUUCAUAAACUUAUCACAGAAGCCUACCAUUAUCAAAUUGGUUAAUGAAGAAUGGAGCAAUUUACUACAAGGAUUUUAUUAUUGUUGUUGUUGGGGAUGGGGGAGAGGAAUGAUCCAUUUGAGUCACCCUUUUACUGUGUAAUGCUACUGAACCAUUCUACCCACAGUCGACUUAGCUUCCUGCUGCUUCCCUGCAGACCCCCACAUUGUUCAGAAACAGCUUGUCGCUGCAAAUCAGCUUAGCCAAGCAUAUAAAUCCUUCCAAACAUAUUGCAGCCACUCUAAUUGAGGGUUCCCCCCUUUAUUGUAUAAAUUCUGCAGGUUUCAAGUUUAGAGCUGCGAACUGCAAACUAGAAUUCAACACCACCAAUGCAAACACAGACUACGGGGAGGAAAUGUGUUUCCUGACUACCUGUCUCAUUCUUUGGAUAGCAUCUUUGACUUUUAUAUUUGGACCAAAUACUGCAGGAAUGCAGUCUGAUAAAGAAGUGAAGGAAGAUGGCAGCAUUGCCUCUCACCACAGGUAUCUGAAAGUUGAUUUAGGUAUCAUGUCAGUUAACAACUAUAGUGAACACCACCAGAACCAAAGAGGAGAAAUUAUCAAGUUAAUACUGGAGAGAACUUUAUGUCCACAAAGGAUUGGGGGGAUGCAAGAGGCCUGUAAUCUGUGCCUUGAACCAGACACUUUGAUAUUAGUUGCAGGAGGAGAUUUAGAAGUCUAUUUUAGUGAAGAAGUCUUCCAGAAAAUUCUUCUUUAUUACAUUACUCAUCAAAGAGAUAUCUGUCCAUCAAUGUUUAGUCAGAGGAACCAGGAUUAUAAAUUUUACCUAACUAGUAUGGUUAAUUGAAGAAGCAAUAGAGUUUUCUCUUGGAAUGAAACUGAAGAUGUAGUGGAAUCAAUAAGGAAACAUUUAAAAAUAUCUGAAUACCAGUUCUUCUGUUUUCAGUGUGUACACAUAAGUGUUCUGGAAAGGAAAGCUGCUUUUCUGAACAUUAGUGGUGCUGAUGAAAGUACCAUUCCCCAGCAGGGUGCUGCCAUUCUCAGGUUGGCCCUGCAUGGAAUCUGCCUGACUAAAACACGUUUACCUUCACCAUAAUUCUUUAUGCAAUGUAUUUUCCAUUCUUCAAACAGUAUUAAUGAACUCCAUAUAACAAAAAAUGCAAGAAUUAUUUUUAGCAUUGCUUUCAUCUUUUCUUCUAUAGAAUAUGGCUAUAGCACUCUUGCAAUUUUACUUAUGACAAUUGGAUCUAUGUUUGGCACAACUCUCAUUCUAUUUAAUUCCUGUCAAGAAUGUUACACCCUCAUUUUACAGCUAUUUGUGGGGUUAGCUGUAGGAAUUCUUUCUGGAGAUGUCCUACUACAUCUUAUUCCACAGCGAGUGCCUCCAAGAAUUCUGCAAUGUAACAAUGCAAGUAUAUUCCUUAGAGGAGAUUUUGCAGUACUGUUAAGUACAGGUCUUUCUUCAAAGAUUGCCAUUUUAAUGAACUUCUUAAGUGCUCUAACUGAUUUCAUAAGACUUUACAUUGGCCUUUCAAUAUCAAAAGAUCCUUGCAUUAAUUACUACACCACACUGACUUUCUAUAUUAAUAUAUUUGGCUCUCUUACUGCUGCCUCAUUCUUUUUUUAGCUUCCUGAAAUGACUCACAUCCAGACACAGAGGCCCUGGUUGAUGUUUCUGCUACAGAACCUUGGAUUACUAUUAGGUUGGUUCUCCCUCUUGCUUCUAACUAUAUUCUUUCUAACCUUCUCACAUUGUACAUGGGCAUGA